GUGCGGCAUGCGCAUCGGCCGCGACUUAUCUUGCCAAUUCUUGCGAAUAAAUAAUAAUGCGAAUGUGUGAGUACUGUGAACUGUGAAUUGUGACUGUGAGUGAUAUAGAAUUAUUGCAUCUUUUACACGACAGUUUCGAUUUCUGAGAUUCCACAUAUCUACCUCAUUUCGAAAUCAAAAUUAUAUCUGAUGGUAUAGAUAUGAUUAAAGAAGACUUUAAUAGAAAACGUCCCUCUAUAGAAACGAGAUUUAUGUGAUUUUCAACUAUAGUUUGAUAUUUUGGACGAACAUUUUUAGCUAAUACAGCUGUAAAAUGGACCGUGAAAUGGAAACACCAGAGCAAAAGACCCCAUCAAAACUAGAGAACACUCCGUCUAAACAAAAGAAGAUCCCGUCAAAAUCAAAUCGAUUUUCCGAUGAAGAUGACGGAAUUGCUUUAACAUCUAAAGGUAUAAUGUACAUAGGAGAAAAAGAACCUUACUCAAAUUCGAUGCGACUAGAUGAAUCGACAAUGGAUAUAUCAUUGGUUGUGAAUAACCAGAAACUAAAUGCUCACAAAGCUGUUUUAUCAGCUAAUAGUGCCUAUUUUAAUAAAAUGUUUGACAGUGAUUUCAAAGAACGGUUCCAAGAUAAAAUAGAAAUAACUAUAACUGAUAUUAGCUUUGACAUUUUGAGUUCACUUGUUCAAUUCAUUUACACAUCAGAAAUAUAUAUUACAGAAAAUAAUGUUCAGGAUUUAUUGAUUAGUUCUAGUGUAUUAUUACUAGAUGAAGUCGAAAAUGCUUGUGUAAACUACAUAAAAAAGAUAAUUGACACAGAAAAUUGCAUAAACAUGAAAGAUUUUGCUAAAACACUGGGAUUAAAUGAUCUCUAUUCUUUAUGCAUGACUUAUAUAAUAAAUAAUUUCAGAGCUGUAGCUAAUACUAAAGAGUUUAUGGAGACUGAUUUUGAUGAAAUAAUGCUGUUACUCAAGAAUGAAAAUUUAUUUGCUAAAGAAGAUAUGGUUUAUGAUGUUGUUAUGAAUUGGAUAAAAUAUGAUCCUGUAACCAGAUCCAAAUAUUCGUCAGAAUUAUUAUGGUAUGUUCGAUUGCCAUUAGUUCUAAAUACUUACCAAGGAGUUAUCAAAAAUUAUGGAUAUCAUGGUUCUAAGCGUAAUGAACUUAAUUCUUUUCGAAUGGAACAUCGAAAACCAUUUAGAAAAGGUAUAUUAGUGCUAAGUCAUUAUCCAUUUGAAUCAACUCCAGAGUGGUAUGACGCUGCCAUUGAUCAAUGGCAGAAUUGCAUAUGUGAAAAUUGUCUGUGUAAAACUUUUCAAUAUCGCUUAUUACCACCUAGAACUUUAUGUACAGUGGUUUUACUUGAUAAAAAUCGUUUAUUUGCUGCUGGAGGUUCUAGAUAUGGCAGAGGAAUGAAAUUAGCAGAUAUGUAUGAUUUGGAAACAAACAAAUGGAUACCCUUAAUUGACAUGUAUUUUGAACGUCUUAAGCCGUUUAUUAUACAACUUGAAUCACGUGUUUAUGUGGUUGGAGGUUGCACUUCUGAAAAAAAAAAUGCCAGUGUUAUAGAAUAUUAUGAUUUAAUUGAAGAAAUGUGGCAUGUUGUUUAUUGUGAAAUCAACCACAUUGAGACAUUUAAAAAUGAUAGUUAUGUUGCCUGCGUUAAAGGAUUAAUUUACAUAAUUGGAAAGACGCAAGCUGGAUAUUUUAAUCCUCGUACCAAGAAAUGGAGUUAUAUUGAUCCGAUACCUGAGUAUAAUAAGGGUUCUGCAGUUUGCGCAUUAAAUGGAAAUAUUUAUAUUAUCGGUGGUCAAUAUUUUGAAAAUUAUUACAAAAGUGUAUGGGCAUACUGUACUUUAACUGAAGAAUGGGUAUCUUUGGCUGAACUAAAUUUUGCUAGAUCGUUUUCUGGUGCUGUAGCAAUGAAUGGUAAUAUUUAUUUAUUCGGAGGAAAAAUGAUGAACACAUCUAGUUCAAAUAUAUUUGAAAUAUAUAAUCCUCAUGACAACAAAUGGGUCACUUCAAGUGCUUUUAUGAAAAAAGAUCGAUGUCACAUUGAUGCAAUUGUUAUUGAAAAAAGUUCUGAUUUUUUUAUAAAAGUGUUUGAAGAAUCAUCUAAAACUAUUUAUUAAAAAGUGAC